AGGCGGGCGGUGCGCGCGGGGUGCGCGUGACGCUGGGGCUCCCGGGCUGUGCGGCCUGGGCGGCGUCCCACGGCUCGCUUCCCCACCACGAAAGCAAGCUGACCCAAGGGGCCUGUAGGGGCAUUUGCUGGUGAGGUCCAGCUCUGCGGCCGGAGGGGACGGAGGACUCCGCAGCCCUGGGGCUCUCUGCCUGUGGCCUGUGCGAGAGCCGGAGCCGCUCUGCUACCCAGGUGCAGGGGCCGCUGGGGAGGAGGUGGAGGCAGGUGGGGCCAAGGGCAGGGCUAGACUUAGGCAGCCCCUCAGUGCCUCACCAGUGCCCUGCCGUCUCAGACUGGGACUGAGUGCUUGAGACAUAGCGGCUUCUCCUUGGGGGCUGUAGACUCUGGUGGUGGCUUCGCCUAAUAGAGGGGACGCCCAGCCUCCGCAGAAGCAGAGGGAUGUUCAAGGGGCGUUGGUCACACAGAGCCCUGGGAGCAGAGGCCAGGGACAGAGAGCUUGGAAAGCAGGAGGGCCCUGAAUUUCCAGGGCUCUUCAACGGUUCGGACUCCCGGGCCAAUACCGGCUGAAAAUGGGGGGUCUCAUGACGCCAUAAUCCCUGGGGCCUGGGACCGACGGCUGUGAGUGGCACCACAGGCCCCCGCCCCCGGGCCCCCUGCGCUGGGCUGGGCGCGGUUCUGCUGGGCGUACGCAGUCGGAGGCGGCGCCGCUCAGGCCCGGGUGCCUAUGGACGCGCGGAGCCCGCUGUCUGCCCGGGCCAGCGCGUUCAGCAUCGCCUCUCUUGUUGCAGCCGAGGCCUCGGAGGGCACCGCCCACCGGGGCCCCAGGCCCUCGGACUGGGCGAAACUUCGCCGGCUACCAGGAUCCCCAGCCGGGAUGCACUUCAGCACAGUCACCAGGGACAUGGAAGGUGAGCCUUCUGUCCGCGUCUACACCGGCCGGCCGCCCGCUGGCCCCCUGCUGGAGGAAGGGCCGGCAUUCCCCAAAUCGGCGGCGGAGCCGGAGGGUCCGGGGGCCACCCGCGCGGCCGCCGCCAAGGCGCCGGUGAAGAAGAACCCGAAGGUGGCCAGCGUGAGCGUGCAGCUGGAGAUGAAGGCGCUGUGGGACGAGUUCAAUCAGCUGGGCACCGAGAUGAUCGUCACCAAGGCGGGCAGGCGAAUGUUUCCCACCUUCCAAGUGAAGCUCUUUGGAAUGGACCCCAUGGCUGACUACAUGCUGCUCAUGGACUUUGUGCCUGUGGAUGACAAGCGCUACCGGUACGCCUUCCAUAGCUCCUCCUGGCUGGUGGCAGGCAAGGCAGACCCCGCCACGCCUGGCCGAGUGCACUACCACCCUGACUCUCCGGCGAAGGGCGCACAGUGGAUGAAGCAGAUCGUGUCUUUCGACAAGCUGAAGCUGACCAAUAACCUGCUGGACGACAAUGGCCACAUCAUUCUCAACUCCAUGCACAGAUACCAGCCCCGCUUCCAUGUUGUCUACGUGGACCCUCGCAAGGACAGCGAGAAAUAUGCAGAGGAGAACUUCAAAACCUUUGUAUUUGAGGAGACGCGCUUCACGGCAGUCACCGCCUACCAGAACCACCGGAUCACGCAGCUUAAGAUCGCCAGCAAUCCCUUCGCCAAAGGCUUCCGGGACUGCGACCCCGAGGACUGGCCCCGGAACCACCGCCCCGGAGCGCUGCCGCUUGUGAGUGCCUUUGCUCGCUCUCGGAACCCCGUGGCUUCCCCCACGCAGCCUAACGGCGCGGAGAAAGACGCGGCAGAAGCCCGGCGAGAGUUCGAGCGUGACUCCGGACCCACAGCGCUCGGCGACGCCGCGCACCCGCCGCAGCUGCUGGCGCGCGUCCUGAGCCCCGCACUGCCCGGGUCUGGCGGCCUCGUCCCACUACCCGGAGCGUCUGGAGGCCGGCAUAGCCCCCCGCACCCCGAGCUGCGCCUAGAGGCGCCGGGCGCGUCCGAGCCGCUGCACCACCAUCCCUACAAGUACCCGGCCGCCGCCUACGACCACUACCUCGGGGCCAAGAGCCGGCCGGCGCCCUACCCGCUGCCCGGCCUGCGCGGCCACGGCUACCAUCCGCACGCGCACCCCCACGCGCACCCGCACCACCACCACCACCCGGCGGUGAACCCGGCCGCCGCCGCCGCAGCAGCAGCAGCAGCAGCAGCCAACGUGUACUCGUCGGCGGCCGCGCCGCCUGGUGCCUACGACUACUGCCCCAGAUAGUGCGCCCGCCCGCGCGCGCGCGGCCCCAAGGGCCACCUAAGGACGCGCUCCCCCGCUGGGGAGCCUUGCGGGCCUCCCGCCCGCCAGUGCCAAAGCUCCCGUCCGAGGCGGAAGGAAGUGGUAUUUAUUGUUCUCCGCGAGACCGCGUCGCCUCCGGCCCGGCCGGCAAUUGCAGUGUAGACGACCCGAGUGAGCCCCGCCUGCGGGCGGUGUAGAUACGUGUAGAUAUGUGUAGAUACUGUAGAUACCGCACCGGCGCCGAUUUCAUAAACGGUUUCGCCUCUUUUGGAAACUG